AUGAUUUAAAAUUAAGAAAUCAAAGAAAUAAUUUAGUAAAUAGAAAUGCAUAUAGUUUAUAUUUUUUAUUUAUUUUCAGAAUGAGGAAGUUAAAGUCAAAUGGAAACUACAAUUAAAAUAGGGAUACAAAGAAGAAAUAUAUAACAAAAGGACCGAUAAGGAUAAAUAAUAAACAUUAGGGUUUUCAAAAAUUGAGCAUUACUAAUAAUAAUGGGGGAUGUAUAAAAAUGAUAUUUAAUGCGUUUGAAGAGAUAAAAUAAUUUGAAAACUAAUAAUGA